AUUCAUUUCAACAUCUUUCUCCUAAAGUGUAAGAGGCAUUCAAAAUAUGUUUCUCUUAAAAGGUAGCCUGUGUACUGGUAACAACUUCAGAAAAGUUGGACUAAUUCAGUCAUGUAUAAACUUGGCUAUUCAGAUAUUAUGUUUGGCAAUCCUCUUCAAAGUCGUUAUAGAAGCAUCUCCAGGCAAAAGAGGUUACUACGUUCAUGGACAUAAAAUUAAUAAAACUAAGGAAAAACCUAUCACACAUAUAUUAAUAGAUAUAAUGUUUUUCAUAGUAAUAGACAUUAUUGCUUAUUUGUGGCUAAUAUUUGGCCUUAUUAAGAGGAAGCAAAUAAUUUUAACAGGAUGGUUACUAUUCUCUGUUAUGGAGCUGGUUGUUCUACAAAUCUCAUCCUUUUACUUUGCUGUAUAUAUAACGAUUACUAGUCACUCUGGAGCUAGCGUUCUUGGCCUCAUUCUACCAAUACUGGUUACAUUGUAUAUGACUUACAACAUGUGUGUGAUAUACACUUUCCGUCACCGCUUGAUUCAAGAAGAGGACGCACCACUCCACCUUGAUUCUGACAGAGGAUUGGCAAACACUUCCAGUACCUCAUACCCUCAGUACAGAUUGCCACACAUGCCUUACGUGCCUAGCGACCGACACGUGUGUGAUCUACAUGGAGUAGGAACCUCAAACAACAAAACAACUUUUGUUGCAUCUCCUCCGCCUUACGUGGAAUGUAUCGCAUGAGUGGAAAACGUUGUACACUCUUCAGAAUAAAAUAUCAGUAUUUUAUAUUUUACUUGUUAUUUCUGCCAUGUGUUUUUUUAACGGCCUCUCAAGAUAUGUAUCUUAAGAUUAAAUGGUCAGACAGGUAAUUAAAUUUAAAUGAAAAUAAUCUCAACUGUUAUUUUUACUGUUAAGUUUAUCUAAAAUGCAGCAUACCCUAUAAAUGUCCGAAACUGUGUCGAAUCUUCACGAUUAUAAGGUUAAAUGGACUUAGAUCUAAAAUAUCCAUAAAUGAUAUCAAAUUAUAAUGUAACAUUUUCAUUUGUUUCAUAUUGUCUGAUAUUGUUAAUUAGUAGCAUAUUGGUUAUUUUCUGUUUAACUGGGAUUUUGCUAAUAUGGAAAAAUAAAGAACGAUAAUAACUA